GAGUCUUGAGCGGCGUCACUCCGCUCUUCCCCCCGGCCCGGCCCGGGCCCCGGUACCCCCGCCGAGAUGUCAGAAGACCUUGCUAAGCAGCUAGCUAGCUACAAAGCUCAGCUUCAGCAAGUUGAGGCUGCCUUAUCUGGGAAUGCAGAAAAUGAAGACUUACUAAAACUGAAGAAAGACUUACAGGAAGUCAUAGAGUUAACCAAAGAUCUCCUUUCAACACAACCUUCGGAAACUCUUACAAGUUCUGACAGUUCUGCUUCUGCUCUGCCCAGUCACUCCUGGAAGGUUGGGGAUAGGUGUAUGGCGAUAUGGAGUGAAGAUGGACAGUGUUAUGAAGCUGAGAUUGAAGAAAUAGAUGAGGAGAACGGAACAGCUGCGGUCACAUUUGCUGGCUAUGGCAACGCUGAGGUGACACCUCUGUUCAACCUGAAGCCUGUGGAAGAGGGAAGAAAAGCAAAAGAGGACAGUGGCAACAAACCCAUGUCCAAAAAAGAGAUGAUAGCCCAGCAACGAGAGUAUAAAAAGAAGAAAGCUUUGAAAAAAGCUCAGAGAAUUAAAGAACUUGAACAAGAACGAGAGGACCAGAAAGUCAAGUGGCAACAAUUUAACAACAGAGCCUACUCUAAAAACAAAAAAGGCCAGGUAAAGAGGAGUAUUUUUGCCUCCCCUGAGAGUGUAACUGGCAAAGUUGGAGUUGGAACGUGCGGAAUUGCAGACAAACCUAUGACACAGUAUCAAGAUACCUCCAAAUACAACGUUAGGCAUUUGAUGCCUCAGUAACAGGGGAAAAAGGUGGAAUUUCAUCUCUGCAGGGCUUUACACUUACCUUUUUAUCAUUAUAUUUUUCUAAAAGUAAAUUAUUUGGUUAGCACAUAGCAAAUAGUCCAUUUUGUCACCAUCACUUUGGCUUCAGCUGAGACAAGCCUUAAAUCUCCAGAUAUUGAUUUGACACCUCCCCAGUCAUUAAACUUUUUUUGUAGUUGCAUAAAAAUCCAUUCUGCAGGUAAAUGCUUUCAUGAACUGCUGUUACCUGUUACUUUGAAAGCAGUAGUUAUCUGCAGCUUUUAUCUCUGGAAUCUUCCAUUCAUACCAGUAGUGAAGUUUGAUUGUUGUUUUUUGUUUCUGUGUUUUGUUUUUUUUUUCCCCUUAAGAAAAGUGGUGGUAUAAAAAUGGCACCUCCCUUGUUUUGUAUUCACAGUGCUGUCUGCUGUUGCAGCAACAAGCUCAGCACUACAGAGCUGCUGCAGCUCUGGGAGAGAGCUAGACUCCAUCAGAGCUUACAGGAGCAUGGAAUUGCUAGGGAAGUUGUAAAUGACUCCCUUACAAAUCCAUUGAAGUUUGAUUUGUACAGCUGUAAAUGAGGGCAGAACAGGGCUGACAGAACUUUAUUACUGAUGAUGAUUCAUGUGCUAGAAACAAAUGAACUUGAAUGCCAGUCUGCAUUUCCUGUGCUAGAAGCUAAGCAGAGGAGACACUUUUUUUUUUUAAAUGCUCAUCAAAUUUUCAUCGGAACUUAACUGAAAUGUAACCAGAAAAAUAUAGGACAAGCUAUUGACACUUCAUUUUCAAAGUAGCACACUUGAAAAUAUACACCCUGCCCCUCCCCAAGGAUCAGAGAUGUGGGGAGCACAAGUGGUUGAGCUUUGGAAAGGAGCCAUCCCCUACCCUCUUGCAGAUCUUGUAGGUUUGAUGGUACAGUCACUGACCUGGAGUACACCAUAGCAGCUCGUGUCUUGGCCUCCUCCUUCCAGGCAAGUAGACCUGCAGCACAGCGGACACGAAUGCCUAGAUCCCACUGAGCAGUGAGCCAGUAAAGGCCAGUCUGAAGAUCCUGCCCUUAUAUAACUGACUGGCCCUAGUGUUUGUUGUAACUUCAGCUGUAUUGCAGUGCUGCUGAACCCCUUCUGUUCUGUUCAGGAAACCACGUGUAAAAGCUCUUGCUUUCUGUAUUUUCUCUGUGAUUUGCUUUCCUCUGUUCUUUGUUCUCUCACUUACGGUAGCAGUGCCAUCUCUGAACCCGUAAUGUGUUUAAAGAAGUUAAUGGGUAGCCCUGUAUACAAUGUAGAUAUUAUUUUUGUAAAAUCUAGGGCUGAGUUAAUGGACAGGAGUACAUCAGCUGGUCCCCCCCAUUAUAUAAUUGAAGGGUGUUUCUUGUCCAUUAACCCUGACCAUUAUUUCCCUGUAUAUUAUGUUAAUGUAGCUCAUUUUGUAAUUUGUUAACUAGAUCAGGUCACGUCAGCAAUUGUUGAUGCACUGAUUGGUGGAAAUGUCCAUCAGUUACCUGAGUCACAACUCAAGCUAAACUCUACAACUGGUAGUUUAGAAUCCAUACAUUGGAAAAGGUUCUCCCUAUAAUGGGAGAAGGUGAUUUUUAUGAAUACAAAGUGUGUUAAUUUCAGUUUUGUAUGUUUAACUUUUAUUAAAUAAAGUGUUUAAAAUCUGCUGGAUACA